AUGCACGCCAAGUCCUUCGUCCUGGCUCUGGCUCUCGCCUCUUCAUCUGUUGUCGAAGCCAACCGACCGCGCAUUUACUACCCCCGACAAGUUAAGAGAGAAGUCGUAAACAAUGCCGCCGCCGCCCCUGCAGUGCCAGAAAACAAGGUUGUUCCCGACCUCGAGAAGCGCGACCCUCAAAAUUCAUUCCUUGAUCGCCUCUUCAACAACAACAACAACGAUGACACGGCUUCCAAUGGAGAUAAGGAGAGUGGUAUCAACUUCGAUCCUACUAUCCCUCUAGGCUUCAAACGCCCUGGCCCCAGUGCCAGCGCUCUACCGUCUGUUGUUCUCCAACCCACAACGACAAGCAUGGCCAUUGAGGAACCCCAGACAACCGAACCCGCCGAAGCUACCGAUGCUCUUGCCGAAUCCGAUACAGGCAUUCUCCUUGCACCCAGCGGUAUUGUCACCAGCAAGACCGCCGUCAAGUCUACCAAGCCAGCCAAAACAUCGGCUGCCGAGCCCAAGGAAGAAACUGAAGCUGUCCCAGUCGAGACCGAGACCGUUGUUCAAACCGAGGAGCCUGUUGUCACCACCGAGCCCCCUAAAGAGGAGACCCAACCUGCGGCAACAACAGCACCGGCUGUCAAGCAGCCCGAGUCUGUGAACACCCCCAAGGAAAAGCCUGUCGAGUCCAAGACUGAGGAACCUGCUCCUGUCGAGACUACGGAACCCGCUGAGCAACCCGCCAGCACUCCCAGCAACAAGCCAGCCGUCUCGACAACCAAGAAGGGUCUCCUUGACCCCGUCGAGACUCUCUUGUCUUCCGUCCUUCCUGUCCCUGCUGAGUCUAAGACCACGCAGCCUAAGUCCGUGAACACCGAGACUAGCAAGCCCAAGGAGGAGACCCAGCCUGCUCCCGUUGAGACCAGCAAACCAAAGGAGGAGACUCAGCCUGCCCCUGUUCAGACAGAGUCUGUUCAACCAGCUGACAGCGAGACCAAGAGCCCCUCAGUUGAGAAGCCUGCACCUACAACCAAGGAAGGCUUGCUUGAUCCCGUUGAGACACUCUUGUCUUCAGUUCUCCCUGUUCCUGCUGACAGCGAGACUAAGGAUCCUCAGCCUGAUCAGACCGAGUCCGAGCCUCUGCCAGAGGAGACUGGAACUCCCACGAAGCAGCCCCAGCAACAGGAAAGCAAGCCUCAGACUGAGGGCCAGACUCUUCCCACCGUGAGCCCUCCAAGUGAUGAGCCUACUGCUGCCCCUGGCACUGCUCAAACAUCUAAGGAUGGUCUGUUGGAUCCUGUUGAAACCCUUCUCAGCUCUCUCCUCCCUGUUGACCCAUCCGAGGUUAAGACCACAUCGCCUGAGGAAACUUCAGCUCCUGAUACUCUCCCUGCCGAGGCUCAGCCUACAUCCGCUGCUGGUGAAGAGACUGGCUCUGAGCAAACUGUCUCUGGAGCUCCUGUGACUGAUCCCGAGACCACUGGCCUACCUGAUAUCAUCCCCACCAGCAUCCUUCCUGAGCCCACGCUUCCAAUUGAUGAGACCGAUAUUCUGCCUAUCCCUACAGAUAUUACUGACGCUACCUCUAUUUUGCCCGAGCCUUCAAGCCCCGUCACUGUGUCUCCUGUCAUACCAACCACGCUUGCUCCUGAGGAAUCCCAGAGUGAAUCUCCCGAUGUUACAUCGUUCAUUGAUCCCAACACCAAGCUUAUUGAUCCCACUGAGUCGCCCAAUGUUACCAUCCCUGAUGCGACCUCCGGUGUUGGUUCUCAACCCGUUGAGACUGAGCUUCCUCUACCCACCACUGAGCCUUUCAACGGUACCGAGACCCAGCCUGCUAAUGGCACUGAGACCCAGCCUGCUGCCACUGGCGAGCCUGAGACUACUGGCGCUCCCGAGCCCACCGAGGAUGUGACAGAGGCCCCUACCGUUGCUCCCACAGCCACCGGCGCUGCCUCUGAGGAGCCCACUGGAAACGCAACUGAGCCUGCUACUGAGCCUAUUGAUACCGCUACUGGCUCAGCUCCUACUGAGCUCCCUGCUACUCAAACUGGUGAUGAAACCAAUGGCACUGCUACCGAUGAGCCCACGAGCCCUGCCACUGAGGAGCCUACUAGUCCUGCCACUGGAAUUGAAACUGAGAGCGCACCUGUUGCAACCGAUGGUGAAGAGACUUCCGCGGCUGUCCCGACUGUCUCUGAGGUGCAGCCUACAAUCCAGCCCACCUCUCAGCCUCCUGUCGAAACUGAGACCCAACCCGAGCCUAUUCCUACUACCCUGGUCCCCACCGCUGCCGAUCCCAUCACCAGCAUCCGACCUACUGCUACUCUUACCAACACCAACAACUGGCUGCCUACCACUAUCAUGUUCGAGCCUACCUCUGUUCCCGUUGCUCCCACUCAGGCCACUGAGACUUCGACAUCUACCGGCCUCCCAGCCAACAUUCCCCGCGUCAUCCUGCCCAACGACCCUAACAAGCCUAUCCCCGAGGGCUCUCGUGCCAUUCAAAUCGGUUUCCUCUUCCCGUUCAACUACAAGUUCCUCGCCCGUAACACUGUUGCGGCUGCCCAGCUCUUCAAAUACCUCCCUAAGGGUCUUGCUGAUGCUGGUGGUUUCAGCAAGGACCGUAUUCUGAUCGAGAAGAUUGUUCCUAUGGAUACUCAGUCUCAAUGGGGUUACAUCACUGCUCUGGCCAAGAUUCACUACCCUGAGAACAUGCUUGAUAGUCUUCAGGCUGAUCUGAUGACACCCAACUCUCUUCUGUAUAACAACGACCUUGAGAUCGUUCGCAACCUGACCUCUGUCAUCAACAACAAGAUCGAUAUCUUUGGCAACACCGACAAUGGUGCCAGCUCUGACAGUGGCGAUUCGGAUGACAGCGGUAGCGGCGGCAAUGAUGGUUUCGGUAACAGUGGCGAGGGUGACAAGACGGCUAAGCAGAAGGCUACUACUGCUGGUAUUGCUGUCGGCGCUGUCGGACUUAGUGUCAUGUAUGGUGCUGCCAUGUUCCUGGUUGCCCGCCGAUACAAGCGCAAGAAGCAACUGGGUCAUCGCCGAGCCAGCUCCAUUGGCAGCAGCCAGCGAUCUUCCGAGAUGCAGUACAAUGGCAACGGCAGCCCUGCUCUCAUGGGCGGCGCACUUAUGAGCCGUGAUUUCUCCAACUACGGUGCUCAGGGUCCCCAGGGUGAAGCACCAGCUCGACCUGGUGGCCGUGACAGCCAUGGCAGUGGACGUAGUGGCAUGGGUAACUCUGCCCGCACAGCUUUCAUCUCCGCUCCCGUAGCUGCCGAGAAUUCUCUUGGAUGGAACUGA